CACAGGUUAAAGGAACUGAAAAGAUCAUAAAAUGGUCCAAAAUCUGAAGUUCACUGUUUUAGAUGCCAGCUAAGUCAACUAAGUCUGUCUGUUAGUACAUCAGCCGAUCAUGCUUCAAAAACUACAAUGUCUGCUUCUAGCCUCUGCUAUGCUGUUCUGCAACACCACCCCCACGGAAAAACAUGGGGGCUCAGAUACAAAGUGUCCUCUGAUGGUGAAAAUUCUGGAUGCAGUAAAAGGAACUCCAGCUGGAUCAGUGCCACUCAAGGUGUCUCAGAAGUCUGCUGAUGGGGGAUGGAUGCAGAUUGCCAAUGGAGUGACGGAUGCCACUGGAGAGAUCCAUAAUCUGAUCACAGAGGAGCAAUUCCCAGCAGGGGUGUAUCGUGUUGAGUUUGAUACCAAAGCUUACUGGAAGAAUGAGGGGAGCGUGCCGUUCCAUGAAGUAGCUGAUCAGGGUGGGCACAGCACCACAGCACCACGUCCUUCUCCCCAGCUAGAUUUUCCAGUUCCUCCUGGGGAACCUCAAGGCAUUCCGAGGCCAGAUGUGAUAUAUAAGCUCUCCAGCAUGUUCUGGGUCUACUCCAGGGCCUCCCACCAGUUGGACAUGCCCAGAAACCUCUAAUGGAAGGCGUCGAGGAAGCAUCCUGAUCAGAUGCCGAAACCACCUUUCGUUGAAGGAGCAGCGGGUCUAUCCGAGCUCCAUCUGGAUGUCUGAGCUCCUUACUCUAUCUAUAAGGGUGGUGUUUGAGGCCCAUGCUGAAGGUCAUCGUCACUAUACAUUGGCCUUGCUCCUCAGCCCAUACUCUUACACCACCACAGCCGUGGUCACCGACGCA